AUGAAGGUUCAUGAUCCUCUCCAACAAAAAAUGGACACGUAAGAUCACAGCACCACGUGUCGCUUCCAGAGUCCACGUCCGUCUCCUCUUAACAAACUCGUAGCUGUGCCUCUCUGACUCUGUGCUGUGCCAUUUCCCUUCGUCGACGACGUUCGCUGCGACGACGGUUUUCCGACAUCCACCGGCAGAGACGGCAGCGGCCGUGGCGGUUUAGCUCGCGCAAUGGCGGACAAGUACAACCUCAAGAACCCCGCCGUCAAGCGGAUCCUCCAGGAGGUCAAGGAGAUGCAGUCUAACCCUUCCGAUGAUUUCAUGAGCCUCCCUCUCGAGGAGAAUAUAUUUGAAUGGCAAUUUGCGAUUAGAGGGCCGCGUGAUACUGAAUUUGAAGGUGGUAUUUAUCACGGACGGAUCCAGUUGCCUUCAGAGUAUCCAUUCAAACCCCCUUCAUUCACUCUCUUGACUCCUAAUGGUCGUUUUGAGACCCAAACCAAGAUUUGCUUGAGCAUAUCAAAUCACCACCCUGAGCAUUGGCAACCAUCAUGGAGCGUAAGGACUGCUCUAGUUGCACUGAUUGCAUUCAUGCCUACCAACCCAAAUGGUGCGUUGGGCUCAUUAGACUACAAGAAAGAAGAGAGGCGUACCUUGGCCAUCAAAUCUCGUGAUGCAUCACCAAAAUUCGGGACUCCCGAACGUCAAAAGCUGAUUGAUGAGAUACAUGAGUAUAUGCUAAGCAAGGCGCCUCCUGUUCCUCCUCAACUUAACCCCACACAAGCUCCUGAAGAGCACCCUAAAGAUGAGGAAGCUGAGGUCCAGGUUAAUUCACCUAACCCUGAGGCUUUACCUGCGGCCGAGGGGAUUCCAGAUCAAGCUGGUGAUGGAAUUGUAGAAGAACAAGACGCCCCUGCAACUGCAAAUGCUAAUACUGCAGGAGUUGAAGCUUCUAGCGAGAUUCAAUCAAGUAGUGUUUCAAGGACUCAGGUGCUCCAAAACUCAGAGACAAGGGUUCAAAAUCCAAAGCCUCAGACGAGGGUCCAGAAACCUGAUGAUCGUUUGUUUACAUGGGCAGCUAUUGGACUUACUAUAGCAAUUGUGGUCCUCUUGUUGAAGAAGUUAAUUAAAUCCACUGAACAUGGUGCAGUGUUCUUCGAUGGAUCUUAGAUGUUUCUUUGCUCAUGUUGCUUCAGAGGUAAAACAUUUUAUCCUUAUGCAGUGAAAAGAAAUGUAAAGCUCUUAUAAACUGAAAGAAGUAUACUUGUAAUUUUUUUGUCCUUUUAUUACACACUCUUUGUAAUUAAGGUAAUACUAAUGUGCUACAGCUAUGAAUUGGUGAGGAUCUCCUAUA